CAGACGACGACGACGACGACAACGAGGCAGACGGAGACGGUCGGUUGGAAUGAUUUAUCGGUGCGCGGUAACCAGCAGCAGCAGCAUCACCAAGCCGGCCACGGCUACUACUACGUGCGGUGAGCGAAAGUUUCUUUGCAUCUUCGUCAGCUGAGCAGAGUCCGCGAAGCACCGUCGAGUGAGAGAGUGAGAAACAGCGAAAAAAAAGUAAAAGAAAUCGGGACAUCCGCGACCGCGAAAGCGCACACCAAGAAGUCCGUUCGUCAAGUCGAAUCCUCGAGCGCGAGUAACAAGUGACGACGACGACCAGAAGGGCCGGUGAAAAGCGAGAAACAAAACAGAAAAGUAUUCAUAAACCCCAGGCGUUGGUGGUAGCGGAGUGAAAAGCGUAAAAACGCGCAAGGAAGCGUCUUGGUGAAAAAACAUCCACCCCAAAAAAAAGAAAAAGAAAAACACGAAGACACCCGCGACGCGCUCGCGGAUAAAAGUCAGCUGUUUCCCGUGGCAUGCUGUGAUGAGUUCGGUUCUCCGUGUUGUGCUCCGAUGCUGAGGGAGGAAACGUGAAUGAAAAUUUGCGCGAUUUGCCAACGUAGUGGCAAGUUUACAUUAUUGACCCGAGGUGCACCGUGCGCCCAAUUGUCCGCGUAGCGAUGCUUCCAACGCACCGUGACCGUCGUGCUAGUGUGCUACCGUGUGUGCUCCUUGUAGUGAGCCAGUAAAGGACGACGCGUGUGCUAGUGAGCGGGAAGUGAUAAACUGAUUAACAAAAGGACGGAUCGUUCAAGUGUUGAGCGAGGAGCUGUAACACCGUACGAAGGAAGAAGCCAGUAGAGACACAUCGAGCAUCGUCGCCAAAAUGAGAAUCAAAAUGCCUGCCGUACGAAUCGCCCAAGAACCCGAAAAUGCAUCCACCCACUGCCCGUCACGUGGUGCCAGCCCGCUCGGUUGCAGCCUAGACGAGGAUGACCAGAAACCGUCCGUCCGAGCGGCGAUCGAAAUCAAACAGGAGCGCAUGGAGAUCGAUCCGUGCGGGGACGAGUCCCAAACAAACACAGCCUCUACCACCACCACCACCGGAAACAGUAUCCAGCGCCAGCGAAACGGUGAGGAGACGGCACUGCGAAAAUGCCACACACCAACCAGCAACGGUGCAUCUCCGGUGCGUCCUGCCGCCGACAGUGAACCGAGCGGAACAACCAACAACAACAACCACAGUGAACCCAGCAACUACGUGUGCUCGACGUGCAAAACGAAGUACCAUUCGGCGUGGCGGUUGGUGCAACACGUACAGCAUGCCCACGGUGUGAAGAUCUACGUGGAAUCGUUGGCCAGUACCGGGAACCAGGACGGUGGUGCCGCUCCGACAACCGACUCGGAUGCACCGGAAUCGGCAGCGGCUGUUCCGGCGGCGGAUGAGGUACCACUUCCGCUCGCCACAGAGAAACAACAACCACAAGCAACCGGAGCAGCAGCAGCAGAGGAUUCCAUCUGUUCUGCCAACUCUUUGUCCACCUCUUCCUCACCUUCUUCGAGUAUCUCGUCGCCCCGGAGUUCACAUCGAAGUUCCUCGAGCCGAACACGAAGAGAAGAACCGACAGAAUCGACAGAACUGAGUCAGGAGCAGCAGGAGUUAGCAACGGUGAAGCCACAGCAGAAUGAAGGUGGUGAUAGUGAGGAAUCCAGGACGGCGAGACGGAGCAAUGGUACGACGGUAAGGGACGGUGGUCGUAAGGUGGUCGCGGCCACUCCACGGCUGAAUGGAACCACGAGCGGACCGGAUGACUACAUGUCCGAUGACGAUGAGGAAACGAUAACGGUGCGAGCGAAGCGUACGAAGCUUACGAGCACGAGUUCCAACGGUAGCGUAAGUGGCUCCACCGAGGUCACUGAAGUCCCCCUGGCCCUGACCAGCCCUCUACCGAUCGGUAUUCCACUCGGUUCACCACUGGCCUCAGCACCGACCAGUAUCGUGACGCUACCGAUGACGGCGCAUCCAUCAACAACGGCAGCGGCUUCCGUUCAAUCUCCGUCCCGUCAAUCGCAAUCACCGGUCAGUGGUCCCGUGACGACACCGGUACGCCACUCGGCCUCGGCCUCGGCCACGGAAGCGUCCAUUUCCGGUGGUCGAGCACCACCACCGAUGGCCGGUUUACGUGGGCAUCCGGCGGCACUACUGGCACCACCACCGGAGCUACACCCCAAUCCGUUCGGACUGCUACGGAUGUCCCAUCAUCCGCACAGUCCACUGUUUGGCCGGGCGCACCAUGAGGCGUUCCGGAUGGAGCACCUCAUGUCCGAGCAGUUCCGUAACCAUGGGCUCAACCUGGCCGCAGCAGCCGUCGUGGCAGCCAAUCGGCUCAAGUCACACAAUCCGGCGGCCCCCUUCAAUCCGGCCACGGGUGCGACCGCUUCCGAGCGACCACCUUCGACGGGAGCAGCGGCUGCGGCCGCGGCCGUCGCUGUGGCCGCCGAUGCCCUCUCGCUAACGCCGGUCGGGGUGGCGGGACUGGAUGGGCCGCACAUGGACUACUACUCGCAGCGAUUGCGGCAACUGGCCGGAACGACGAGCCCUGGCGCAAACAUCGGUCCCUCGUCGAACUCUUCCAACUCGCCCAGCCCCCGGAAACCGCAACCAUCAACCAUCGGCACCACCGGCACACUCCAGUUGUCCCCUUCGCGCCAACGUUUUGCCAGUCCAUCACCCUCGCAGCUACCACCGACACCGCUGACGAACAAUUCGACCCGACCGCAAAGCCUAACACCACCGGAAAAGAACACCGAGCUGCUACUCGGGCUGGACGCGGGCAGUACGAUCUCGAACACGCCCCGGUCCGCUUCGACUCCACCGAACAAGCAGCACCAGUCAUCGUCGGGUGUUUCGUCGGCCGACAGUGCCCUCUACUCGUGCGAGUUCUGUGGCAAAAAGUUCCGCUUCCAGAGCAAUCUGCUCGUCCACCGGCGGACUCACACCAGCGAGCUGCCGUUCAAGUGUACGAGCUGUGACUACUCGUGUCUGCAGGCGGCCAAACUGAAGCACCACAUGAGACUGGUGCAUGGUCAGCAGCAGCAGCAGCAGCAGCAACAGCUCCAGCAGCAGCAAUCGUCGCAACAACAGCAACAGCAGCACACACCAACACAGCAACCGGGACCAUCGUUGGCCGUAUCCGAGCCGGACACGGUGAGUAACGUGGAUUCGUCGCUCGACAGCGACGUCGAUCCGGAUUCCGAUGGUGAUCUGAUGGAUGCGGACGAUCUGGAUGGGGAUGAGCUGAUGGAGGAGCGACACCGUCAUCGGCAUCGACAUCUACGGCGUCGGAUGCGCCGCCACAAUGGUGGUGGUACUGGUGAGGACGAUGAUGAUGAUGAGGAAGAGGAUGAAGAGGACGACGAAGAGGAGGACGAUGAGGCCGAGGAUCUGAGCAUGAGCAGCACUCAGAGUCAGUCGAAAAAGGACGGACCGGGUGGUGGCGCACUGUCGCAGAUGUCCACGUCACUGGUCGGUGAACUGAUGGACAAGUUCGGACUGUCCAACAUUGCCCAGUACUCGGAAGCGUACAAGCAAGCCCUCCAGGAGUCGGGCAAUGCGCUGAAGCUGCAGCUCACGAGCAAAGACCGGGACAAUAACAAUAGUGCGAUGGGCAUUCCCGGACUGGCGGAGAAACUGAACGGACUACCGUCAGCGCUCCGCAUCAAGGAGGAGCUGGCGAAGAAUAUGUUGCAGCAACAGCAACACCACAAUCCUCAGCUACCGCAGGUCCCACUGUUCAAUCCGUUCGAGAAUCCAUUCGAAGCAUCGAAGCGGAUGAAGCUCGAGGGAAGUGACAGCUGGUGGGGCAUUCCGGGACUGCACCGGGGAGAUUCGCUGUUCGAGAACCUAAAACCAGGUCGCGAUCGAGGUGGCAGUGGUGGUGCCGGCGGUCUGCUGCAGCCGAUGAUGAAGAAGGAGAGCAAACUGCGUAACGAUACGUGCGAGUUCUGCGGGAAGGUGUUCAAGAACUGCUCCAACCUGACGGUGCACCGCCGGAGCCACACGGGCGAGAAGCCGUACAAGUGCGAGCUGUGCUCGUACGCCUGCGCCCAGAGCUCGAAGCUGACGCGGCACAUGAAGACGCACGGGCGGCUCGGCAAAGACGUGUACCGGUGCCGGUUCUGUGAGAUGCCGUUCAGCGUCCCAUCGACGCUCGAGAAGCACAUGCGCAAGUGCGUCGUCAACCAGGGCAAGCUGCAACAGCAGCAACAACGUGAACUGCAGCAGCUCCAGCAGCAGCAGCAACAACAGUUGCACCAUCAGCAGCAACAACUCGCUGCCCAACAGCAGCUGGCCGCUCAGCAGAUGGCGGCAGCGGCGGCUGCUGCAGCCGCACAGCAGCAGCAGCAGCAACAGCAGCAACGAACUGCUGAUCAUCACCAUCAUCAUCACCGUGAUCAGCAGCAGCGCGAGAUGGUGGCCACUGCGCCACCUCAACUCCCGGCCGGUCUUUUGCUUCCACCACUGCCAGCGGCCGUUGCAGCAGCAGCUGCAGCCGCUGCCGGUGUUACGGCGGAAGAUGGACCUUCCUCAUCGUCCGUCACCUCUGGAAGCCCCGCAUCGAAUGCCAGUCCCUCCGCUGCCACCGCCGCUGCCCUAAUAAAGGAGGAAGCGGCAACGGCAUGACUUUACUCUCCCUGGAGUGGUUACGAACUGCCUCCCAAUCGGAUGAUGUCCCGCAUUUACUAGCCAGCCGCCGGUCCGCCACCAUUGCCACCGCCACCACUGGUUGGCGGUGGUCAGGGCGCACCAUCAUCAUCCUUCUUCCUCGUACCUCCACCAGCGUUCGCCGGAGUUAGGCCCCAGGACCACCACCGGGAGGUCGAUUGUUGGAUCCGGCACCGGAGGAACCAGCAUGGCGCAUCCUAAGCGCUCUAUCAGGUGAUCGUCGUCAGAUUCCUUUCUUCCUUUGCUUUUACGUUUUAAUUAAUUUUAUCUAGCAUUUAAAUCGAUUCUCUAUCGAACACAAACAGACACCAACCUUUCUCUAGAGGCAUUAAUACCAAAGUUAAACUGUAAAUCGUGUAAUGCACUCGGGAAGGCGCUCGGAUUUUUCUCGUAAAGUUUUCUGGUUUUAUCGAUCGAUCGACCAAUCGACCAAUUUCCCGAUUUUUCCCUGACCCGAAACCUGAACCGAAAA